ACUUUGCACUUUAGACAGUUAGCAUGUUAGCAACGAACUAAACUCUUCAGGUAACAUGUCCGUAAAAUAGCGAGUACACAGUGAAAGGUACGGAGUGUGUCUGGAGUUGUCGUUGGUGAACUCUUCGCUGUCUGAGGAUGUUUUCGUCUGCCUGGAAUUUUGUAAAACGCCACAAAAGGAAAUUUAUUUUCGCCGGAGCUGUCGUUGGAGGAGUGUACGUCCUCGGUAAAUAUGCCCAGAAGAAGCUCAGGGAGAUCCAGGAGAGGGAGGCGACGGAGUACAUCGCUCAGGCAAGAAGGCAGUUCCACUUCGAGAGCAACCAGAGGACCUGCAACAUGACCGUGCUAUCCAUGCUCCCUCCGCUGAAAGAAGCAGUCGUCAGUCAGCUCAACUCAGAAAGUCUCACUGCGCUGCUGAAGACCAAACCAGAUAAUAAGCUGGAGAUCUGGGAAGAUUUAAAGAUCAUCAGUUUCACCCGCACCAUCGUGGCCGUCUACAGCACCUGCAUGCUGGUGGUUCUACUGAGAGUCCAGCUGAACAUCAUCGGAGGAUACCUGUACCUGGAUAACUCUGUAGGAAAGAGCACAACGACUGUUCUGGCUCCCCCAGACGUCCAGCAGCAGUACCUGUCCAGUAUCCAACACCUACUGGGAGAUGGUCUGACAGAGCUGAUGACAGUAGUGAAGAAGGCAGUUCAGAACUCACUGGGAAGUGUGUCUCUGAAGCAGAGUUUGUCUCUGCUGGAGUUGGAGCAGCAGCUGAGCUGGAUCAGAGCGGAGGUGGAGGCCGACUCCGAGCGCUCGCUGUCCUGGUACAUGCUGGCAGACGACGAGAACGCUCUCGCCGACCAGGCGUGUGGGUUGACGGAGAAUGAUGUUGUGACCAUCAAACUGUUAAAUGAGACCAGAGACAUGCUGGACAGUCCAGACUUCACCACUGUUCUCAACGCCUGUCUGAACCGGGGUUUCUCUCGACUCCUUGACAACCUGGCCGAGUUCUUUCGCCCACCUGUCAAUGACUUGGAACCCUGUUGUGCACCUGAUAGUCUGUCUGCAGUCAGUCUGCCGCUGGCCAAGAUCAUCCCCAUCAUCAACGGUCAGAUCAACACCGUCUGCAGUGAGACCCCCAGCCACUUUGUUCAGGACCUGCUGAUGAACGACCAGGUGAAAGAAUUUGCAGCGAACGUCUACGAGACCUUCAGCACGCCGCAGGAGCUGCAGAAAUAAUCAUCAGGACGGGAGGAGGACUGAAGAGAAAGAAGAGAGGGACGAAACCAGAAAUAAUUAUAGCCCCGGACUGUUAGUCCCUCCUUCCUUUCUCUGGGACUCUUCUCUCUGCAGCAUCUUGCAGACUUUUUGCUCUCGAUGGUGAAGAUCCGUGGCGAUGAUGCCAAGAGCAGAACAACAGGACCGUCUGCAUCCCUUCUGUUAACAGCACCGCGUUGAAUUAUCGACAUGGGUGAGAAAGAAGAGGUGCACUAGUCGAAGCAGAGCCUGCGGUUACUAGUAGGACCGUUGCAUCUUGGGAACUGAAAUCCUAUUUAACCUGGUAAUGGUGUUUGAAUUACCCUGAGAGGUGGAAAAGAUGGCGGAAAAUACUGAAACCAUCAAGUGAAGGAUCAUUCGCUGCUGCUCGGAGCUGAUUUUUCACCGAUACUGAAACAUUGCCGUUUUUUUUUUAAAAUUAAUAUUACAGAUUUAAGGAUGAUUUUCCUCUUUUCUGUCGGCAGUAUUGAGAAUUUUCUGUCUGUUCAUGUCCCCGGCUGUUUGCUCUGCACCUCGGUUGUGUGUUUCACGAUCAGAAUUAUUUUUUUUUCUAACUUAAACAAGGUGGUGGAGGGAUGUGUGUAAGAUUACAGUAAUGUGGGUGGUUCUGUGAACGCUGGUGAUUUGUUUUUUUGUUGUUUAUAAAUUUCACUACUUCCAUGGUGGAAACAUCUGCAGCAGCUCGUGGUGAUCCAACAGCUUCUGUGUGAGACUGAGAAGCUGCAGAGGCUGAUCAGAAUGUCAUAUCAGCACAACCGGUGUGAUUAAGUCCUAAUUUAGUAUGUCGUCAAUUUGAAAAGGCCAGCUUUCAGUGGUCAAAAUAGUAUUUUUAAUUAAAAAAAAAACAUCCUUCUAAACACGGUGAUAUCAAUGUUCUUGUUUUCUCUUUAACCACAGAGCAGUUCUUUUCUUUUGGUGCACAGUGAAAAAGUAUCUAAAGGACAUGCACACUUGCAAAGAUGUCAAAAAUCCAGAAUUUUCUUUACUUUUCAGUCGAUAAAUCUGCAUUUGAAAUCCUGUCUUUCCACUGCUGUUCCUCUGUUGCCCAGAAGGUGUCACUCUUGUUCAACCGCUGUGGCAAUCCUUCUUCAAUCCACAUCAAGGUCUGGUUUUAGAGUUACAUCUUCUUUGUCAUGCAGCCCUUGACAGUAUUGCUAUUACACCCUGGUUACCUUUUUUCUCACAAUAUCAUUGUUUAGAACGGUUUUUACCUCAUUUCUUUCAUUUCAGUGCUUGUUUGUCACUGAACCUGCAUGUAGGGGAUUUUGUUCAAAAGUCUGAGAUGAUUUUAGACUGUGUUGAAAUGACGAGACUGUUAUCCAAAGCCAAGGAAUCUGGGACGGCUGUACUUAAGCUUCCCAUCAGCUCGCACAAGCUGCACAAACCAGGUGUGUUCAGAUCUGGUUUACACCUGAUUCAUGUAUGUACAGAGGAGGAGGGUCCCCAGGAGCCACAAAUUUAGCUGAAAGUUGUGAGUCAUUGUGGUGUAAUAAGGUGUUUUUUUAAUUUUAUCUAAACUCCUGGUUUCAGCCAUACACCCUGUUGGUUUAGUGAUAGGUUUCGGUUUUGAAUUUCAUCCCUCACUGUCAUUUUUUUCCAGCGUGAGUCACACUAAACACAAACUUUUCACCUUUGAUUGCAGGGGCUUUAUAUCGUUCACGUGUCUGUAAUCACAGUAAAAACAGUCUUCAGAGCAUUAUUUUAUUACUUUGCUGCAUGAAAGAGAAAGGAAAAACAAAACUCCCAGCCUUAAAAGAUUUUGAUUAAUCAGAGAACAACUGUAAAUGAUUCAUGGAAGUUGUGGAUCACUGUCGGUAUCAUGAAAACGCUCUGUUGGCCGCUAGAAUUGACUAGAAAAAUCAGCUUGUGGGGAGAACUAAUGAAUCCACCUCCAUUUUUGGGGGGUCCAGAUGUGCACAUUAGCCCAUCAGACUUCAGUUAGUUUCCUUCUCGGGCGAUGAGAAAUCAUCAGGUGACUGCUCGGCUAUCCCAGUUCCUGAUUCCUGACUUGCAUAACGAACACGGUCGGGUGAGAAUGUAAAGCUCUGUGUGUAAUCAAAGACUUUUAUGCCUUUUGAAGCGUAAUGUCCCGAAUGACAGCUGAAAUGUAUGUUUGUAGCGAUUUAUUGAAGAGAUAAUAAAUGUAAAAUGUGAUUUCGUA